CUUGACUCCAAUAACUGGGCCAUUAGCAGGACCUGAGGAGUUAAUUUAGCAAGUUGGACCUGAGACACAUCUAAACGUUGCAGAUCAUCAAUCUGUGAGGACUGGACACUACCAACCCUGAUUUAGGGGAUGUGUCAUCAAGUUUGUUUAACAAAUCGUUUUUCUCAGCAAAUCAUAUCCCAACUGUGACUAAUUUUCAAUAUUGUUUGGUUUGACCCAGUUUGGCACAACCCAGCCCCAUGCAGAACUGAACCACAGCGUGCAGAUAGCUUUUGAUAAAGGAAUCCGUCAGACCAACUCCAGAAAUACAAACAGGACUUUGGAAUCCUUUGGAUCGGCAAGUUUUGUUUCCAACACCUGACCAAGGUUUUACUGCAAGCAGAUGGACAGCGAAGAAGAAUUAACACUGAAAACCAACAUGAGCUCGUCACUGAUAACUGUACUGAUAAUUGUGGUUUUGAUAUUCCUGUUACUCUUACUUAAAAAAGUAAAAAGAUUUGCAAAUGUAGUCAUCCAAGCAUUAGAAAAUCCUAAAAUAUUAGGAACCUUAACAUUGACAAUCAUUCUGUUAAUCAAUUUUUCAAGCCCUCCAACAACGACUGUUCUGGUUGUCGUUGUUGCAACACUUUGGUUGCAUUGGCUCUCAGUCACCAUAGGACCAAAUCAGACCAGCACUGAUUCAAAGCCAGGAGCUAAACGACUGGCUGUUGUUGUUCAAGAACAAAGCACUCUUCUGCCAUCUCAAAUUGGGUGUUUACCACUUUACAAAAUUCCACUAGAAACAAAACAAAUUGACAUUAAAGGCUGCAAAAGUUUCACUUUUGGAGAAAAAUCCAUGAACUGUAACCGAAACAUCAUGGUCCUUGGAGCCUCAGGUGCUGGGAAGUCCACUGUCAUCAAUGCGAUGGUAAAUUAUGUUCUAGGCGUUAGAUGGGAAGACUCGUUUCGGUUUAAGUUAGUGGAUGAAGGUCAGUCAAAGUCACAAGGUCAGACUUCAGAAAUCACGCUGUACAAACUUUACCACCAGGAGGGUUUCAGAGUGAAUUACUCUCUGACUAUUGUUGACACUCCAGGCUUUGGAGGCACUGGAGGUAUAGACAGAGACAAGGAGAUCACAGAGCAGCUGCGUGACCUCUUUACUAAUCAGGAAGGUGUCGGUGAAAUUGAUGCCGUGUGUUUUGUUGUUCAGGCUGCUAUAACUGAACUGACAUCAACACAAAGAUACGUGUUUGAUUCAGCCCUGUCAAUCUUUGGCAAAGAUGUGGCAGAAAACAUCAGAGUUCUGGUGACGUAUGCAGAUGAGCAGCAGCUACCAGUUCUAGAAGCCAUCAAAGUGUCUGGUGUCCCGUUACCUCAAAGCAAUGACGGGCUGCCGGUUCACUUCAAAUUUAAUAACUCAGUGCUGUUUGCUUCCAACAAAUUCUCAGCAAUAAGACGCAUGUUUGGGCUUAAUGAGAAAACCUUUGAGUUGUGGAAGAUGGGAACAAAGAGCAUGGCCAGUUUCUUUGAUAGUCUAACUCACAUCAGAACCAUAAGACUGACAAUGACCAAAGAGGUCAUGGAAGAAAGAAAACAGCUGGAAAAUAUUGCUGAGGAGCUACAGAAGAAGAUUAAACUCGGCUUAGCCAAGCUUGAGGAAAUAAGAAUGACAAAGGAAAAACUACAAGAGCACGAAGCAGAGAUCAGACAAAAUGAGAACUUUGAGGUUCACAUUAGCAUUACAAAAACUGAACAAGUGGAUAUUUCUCACACUAAGCAGUACAUCACCAACUGUCUGCAGUGUCAUGUUACCUGUCACUUCCCUUGUACCAUACCAAAGGAUGAGGAUAAAAAAGGGUGCAGUGCAAUGGGGCCGGAUGGAUACUGUACAGUGUGUCCAGGGAAAUGUUUCUGGAACGUGCAUUCUAACCAGAGUUUCAGAUGGGAAUAUACAGAAAUUCAUGAAAAAAGAACAGUGAAGGAGAUAAAAGAAAAAUACAGUAUUGCCCGUGAGAAGAAGGGGACUUUGGUGGAGGUGAUGAGAAUUCUGAUGUCUAAAUAUGAAUCUAAUCAGUACGAUGUGGUGAAACUGAUUGCAGAGGCUGCAAAGUGUCUGAACAGACUGAAGGAAAUAGCCUUGAACCCAAAACCCCUUACCACUCCAGAAUAUAUCAACAUGCUGAUGAAAGGAGAGGAACAGGAGGCCAAACCAGGCUGGAAGGAAAGACUUCAGUCUCUGGAGAAAAUGAAAGAAAAGGCAGAAAUCAUAGCUAAAGUAGAGAAGGGAGAGAAACUUCUGGCCUAUAAGUAACUUACCAGUGUCUUUAGAACAAAUCUAACAGAUAGAUAGAUAGAUAGAUAGAUAGAUAGAUAGAUAGAUAGAUAGAUAGAUAGAUAGAUAGAUAGA